AUGGAGCCCCACCGAACCCGCACAGCCCGGGAGGAGGGUGGCUCCGCCCCUUCCAGCCCGACGCUCCUCGCCCCCCGUUACCAGGAUAAAACUCCCCGUCUCCAUAGAGACGCCCCGCCCCCUUCCGCGGCGGCGGGCCCGGCGGCGUCCUGCGAGGCGGGCGGCAGGCGCUACUCGGCGGGCGAGCGGUUCGUGCCGCCGGGCGAGCCCUGCAGCCGCUGCGAGUGCACGGCCCGGGGCCCUGCCUGCGCCCGCGCCCCCUGCCCGGCCCUGCCGCCCGCUUGCAUCCACGUGAGCCGCUACCCUGCCGCCUGCUGCCCCCGCUGCGAGCGCGUCGGCUGCGAGCACCGCGGCCGUGUCUACGGGCUGGGCCAGCGGUUCCAGCCCUCCGAGUGUGAGCAGUGCAUCUGUGACCCAGAUGGCAUCGCUCGCUGCCUGGUGGCCGACUGCGCCCCCCCGCCCUGCGUCAACGCCGUCUACGAGACGGGCCACUGCUGCCCCACAUGCCAGGAUGGUCCCAACUGCUACGUGGACAGGAACCAGAUGCGCGUCAUCCCCGCUGGAGAGGCUGUCUGGGUGGAGCCCUGCACCCAGUGCCGCUGCCACGAUGGCCAGGACAUAGGCUACUGGGAAGGCAACCGAGUGGCCAAGUGUGAACUGCUCCGUAACUGCCACCCGCUGGACCGGCACAACUCCUGAGCACUCCCCUGCCCAAUCUGGGCCACGGAGCCCUCCCUCCCCCCAAAACCCUGCCCACCUCCCGCUGGGCUGCAGAGACCCCCCCCAGCAGCCCACCCCCACUCCUGUUGGGCCACCGAGCCCUGCCCCCAUGCCUCCCCAAAACCAUUUCCCCCGCCUCUCGCUGGGCCACAGAGCCUCCCCUGCAACAUCCCUCCCCCUUCCUACUGGGUCCCUUGGGCCACAGAGCACCCCCAGCUGCACUACUGACCCCUUCCCAGCAAUGCCACUAGUCUCCUCUGGACCAUGAGUCCCACCGUAGCCCCAGGGCUGGAUUCCAGGCUCUUCCCCAUUGCCCCCCAGCUGGGCUGCACCAGGAGGCUC